AUGCUGGGGGUCCUAACGGGUGUCACGCCGGUGGCGGUGUUAUUGGGUACUUUGUCACGCGUGACGUUGGCGCGUGCUGAUGAUCUCCAAACUCUCUACGACCGCCGAGUGACUUCCAUCAUCAGCGGUGCCAGCACAAGCAAAAGCAAGGUCGAUAAUCUUCUCAAUACACUACAGCCAAACGGAACAUGGGCAUCGGUCAACUAUGCAUCGGGAUGCGACUCUCAACGCGCCAGUUGGCCUGCAGGAGUCCAUUGGAGUAACAUUGUGUCGAUGGCUGCUGCCUACAAGGGCAAGGUAGCCCAAUACAAAGACGAUCCCCAUCUACUCUCGAGCAUUCAACUCGCUAUGGGAUUUUGGUUCUCAAACGAGAUGAGCACCGUCGGAGAUGGAACAUGCAUGGAUCGCGAAUACCUCGAACCCAACAACUGUCCCUGUGGUACACCAGGACUGUGGGGCGCAAACUGGUUCAGCAACGUGAUACAAGUACCCGACCCUGUUGGACAAACUUGCAACAUGCUCCGUUCCGAACUUACCGAAUCUGAACUAGGCAACUGUACACUCAUCACCUCUCGUGCAUUUUCGACCUUUUACCGAGAAACCCCGCCGAGCUAUCUUACCGGUGCGAACGUGAUCGACAUUUCGGCGAUUGGAAUCUGUGCUGGUCUUUUGGAUAACAACAAAGCUGGAAACUCAUCGAAGAUUAUGGAUGCCUAUCAAAACAUCCAUAACCAGGUAGUUGUUGAGCCCGCGCCGCGAGUUGACGGGAUCAAGCCCGACGGGUCGUUCCAGCAACACAAGGGAAUCAUUUUUGACGGCAACUAUGGCAAAGACUUCACCAACUCGGUUGUUGACUUCGAGCUCAUCGCACUGGGUACCCAAUUCCAGGCCAAUAAGACAGUGCAAGAUACGUUUGGCUUCCACUUAGACGGUUCUAGGUGGAUGACGUUUACGAACACGCUUAGCAAGGUAGUUCACUGGGAUUUUAGUGUCAUUGGUCGGUUCAUAUCCUAUCCUGUCGCGGACACUACUCGCGCUUCGUCCAGUCUGCAAACGAACCUGGGGGAUGUGACCGAGCUCGGAAACGCAUGGGGCCAGCAGGACCUGAUCGAGUUUGGAACUGUUCUAUCGCAAGCUGCCAACGAAAGUAGUGUCAAUUCAGCCAAGCUGACGGGCAGCAGGGUGUUCUGGAGUUCUGAUUACGUGGUUCAUCGUACAGACCAAACAGUAACAACAGUCAAGAUGCUUUCCAGUCGUACCAGUACUUCCCGAUGCACCAACUCCGAGGGUCCCUACACCUUCCAUCUGUCCGACGGCGCAGUCUAUACCUAUACCACGGGAGCCGAGUACGAAGACAUGUUCGCAGCGCUAGACUAUGACAUUAUUCCCGGUACCACCACUGACUACAAGGGAACCGUCCUGGACUGCAAGAGCGCCGAGGCGAAAGGUGUGGAUGCGUAUGCUGGCGGUGUAGAGACCAAGGACGUUGGAAUGGCAGCGAUGCGCUACGUGAACCCGACAUCCAAGGCGUUCCGGUUCUACAAGGCAUGGUUCUUCUUUCCCGACAACGUCCAGCACGUGCUCGUCUCGAACGUCGAACAGACCAACCCGAACUCGACGUCUCCUGUUUACUCUGUGCUCGAUCAGCGCCUUCGUUCAGGCGACGUUUAUGUCAAUGGCUCGCCUAUCUCUGGAAGUGCAGAAAAGGUCGAUGCCAAGUCUAUUUGGCACGCCGGAACCGGUUAUGCGUUCCCCACGAGCAGCGCUCGUACACCCAAGGUCUCGGUUAGGCUAGAGACCAGGACGGGCGACUGGACUAAACUCGGGGCGAGCAAAGUGGUCGCGACCCCGAAGGAUAUGUUUGCAGCCUGGAUCCCGCACCAGACGCUGACUCUUAACCCCUCUCCCAACGCUACAAACUCGGGUCCGGGCAAAUACACCCCUGCUGAGUACUCUGUGUUCCCGGCGACGGCAAGCUACGAGGAUUUUAAGGAUAAAGCGACCCGACUUGGCCCACGAACCAUUGUCAACACGGGAACAGUCAGCGCUGCUAUCGAUUCGAGCGCUAGGAUCUUGGGCGCUGCUUUCUGGAAGGCCGGGGGUGGAUAUUUUACGGUCAAUGAUAUGGGUAUCAAGAUCGAGGUCGACCAGAGCGUUGUGCUCAUGCUCAAGUUUACCGACGACGGGCGUACCAAGGGCACCGUGAGCGUUGCUGACCCGACCCAGGGCUCGGGCAAGGUGAAUAUCAAGAUUACGUCGGUUGGGUCGUCAAAGAAGCGCGGUCACUACCAGAGGUUGCUAGGACAUCAUGGCCAGCACAUCCCUCGCGUGAAACGAACGACGGAGACAUCCAGUGCUGGCUGCUCACUCACUUUGGAUCUUCCCGCAGGAGCGUUGGCAGGGUCGACUGUUACUGGAGAGUUUUCUUAUUCUGGCUAA